AUAAAUAAAAUAGACUCUUGACUUGUGGAUUGAUUUUACAGACUUCAAUUAAAAUACAUCAAACAAUUCUGACAAUGUUUAUGAAAUCUUGUUGGUGGUGCCUUUUGUUUCUUUUAUCAUGUCUGAUGUUCUCCAAAGUUUUCCCUGAUGUUAUUGUGCUGAAUGAGCAGAAUGAAACUGUGCUAACAUUACACUCAUUGCAAGCUAGAUUUGGAGAUGAGAUUCCUAGUUCUGGCAUAUUUGGACAUGGAAAUGUGGUGGAGCCAUUGGAAGCUUGCACCAGAAACAUAACACCGACCCGUCACGGCAGCAAUCAUUCUCAUCACCCCAACUACUUUGCCAUCGUCAAGAGAAGGGGCUGCAAUUUUUAUGAUAAGGUAAGAAAUGCAGAACUAGCGAACUACACGGCGGCCAUAGUGUACAACGUAGACUCUGACGACAUCGUUACCAUGACUGGCACAGAUGACGAGGGGUACGUUGUGAAGAUACCGUCUGUUUUCAUAGGCGAGUCUUCGUUCAACAAGUUGUCACACUACCUCACAUCCAAUUACUCCAUGAUGAUAUCAUACGACGACUCCUACCAUCCAAAGUCCGAUUUGUAUCUCAUCGGAAGCGUUUUACUGUCCCUAGGACUAAUUCUAAUUUGUGGCAUUCUGGUUUUUAUUGUUUCUAAGAUGAUCUUCCACUAUGGAAGGAAAUGCACUCAUUUCCUCAGAAGUUCAUGGGUCAAGAAACUGCCUACUAAGAGGUUCAUGAGAGGAGAUAGGUACGAGGUCUGUGCCGUCUGCCUUGAAGACUACUCCUUCUUUGAUAAACUUCGAAUACUACCCUGCUCACAUGCUUUUCAUCAGAAGUGCAUUGACCCCUGGCUGACGCGCAACAAACAAACAUGUCCACUGUGCAACAAGAGAGUUCGUUCGGUUGGAGAUGGUGAAGAUGCGGUGAGGAGUGGCGAGGAGAGAUUCUCUGAACUGUCAGACGAGAGGACACCGCUGGUUGGAAGUUUGCUGGAAGAGGCAGAUGUUCCCCGACCUAUUCUUCAGAACAUGGUUGACGUUGCAGACAUAUUGUCAGAUCCAAACAGCAGGUCGAAUGCAAUUAGUAGCGGCAGGACACAUGCGAAUGGAAGGAUUGAAUCCACUGCUCAAGUUCAUACAUCCAACGUAAACUUCAAUCAAGAUAUGGAUGACAGGAGAGAUAUUGAGGACGAGGAAGAGGAGCGUAACAACGGUAACGGUGGUGAUAUUGGCAACAACAACAACAACAACAAUAUUAACGUAAAUGUUGACAAUGACAUUAGCAUUAGUAUCGAUAAUAACGACGUCAGUGAUUACGAAAGUGAUAAUAGAAAUAAUGAUGAUGAUGAUAAUAAUAAUAAUAAUAAUAAUAAUAAUAAUAAUAAUAAUAAUAAUAAUAAUAAUAAUAAUAGUGGCACGACACUCACUGGGGAUGAGGUAAAUGUUAGGCUUGAGAAUAGUGAUGGCGACAUGGUGAGCGUCAGACUCGAGGGAAGUGACCACGUCCGUUUGUAAAAAUAAAAUAAACUUUCUCAAUGUCAUCUUCUGAAAGUCAUCUGAAUGUAAAAAUGUCUCCACUCUCAUCGUCUGAUUGUUUAGAGUUUGUUUAUACUGACAGUUUAUCUUUCUCUCGAUGCCUUUUUUAAUGUAGAUUUUACGCCAUUGAAAUUAUGUCAACAGAGUUACUCGUUUUUUAGUUAUUUUCUAAAAACUUUUUGGCGUUUUUUUUUUAUUCCGAUUUUGUCGAAGUUUACCUAUUGCAAAUUGUACCCGAUUUAAAUAUUCACAACACCUGAAACUAAACUCUCAAUAUUUGAUUCGUUAUAAGAGAGUUGUAAUCAUGUUGUAAACUCACCCUGCUAGCUAAACAUUUUGAGAUUUUUAUGACUUAUUUUGACUCGACAGUCACGAUGUCUUCAGUUUUAUACAGAUUGUUUUUAUUUAAUUAUGUUUCCAUUUUUAUUUAGUAAAUAUUUCUAGUAUGUUACCUUCAGUAAUUCAAUGGAAAUCAUCAUGUAUGAUUCUUCUAUGCCAGUUAAAAUUGUGAUCGUCGAUAUAUAUAUAUAUAUAUAUAUAUAUAUAUAUAUAUAUAUAUAUAUAUAUGAUGUUAUUAAAUAUUGUAAAAUUUGCCGUUUAUAAGAAAAUUGUUUGAAUCAACUGUUUUCAUUUCAAUUAAUUCAUGGGAGUUGAAUUUCGCACAAUACGUUUUAGAAUCAAACGACUAGAGUUAAAUUAAAGAUACAUGGUUUUAGCCAAACUUGAUAGGGUUAAAUAGGUGUGCAUACAAAAUUAAAAAUAAUUUUGAGUGCCUAAUCGCUUUGAUUAACACAUGAAAUGAUUAUUGAAAGGUUGACAAAUGCGGAUACGUACCUACCCAAUCGAAUUGACUUUAAAAUUAGAUUUAACAAGUUGAUCUAACUAUGUAAUCGCAGUUGUAUUUUUAUCGUAAAUUUCACUAGUUGUUAUGUUCAAGUCAAAUUUUUAUUUAUGUGUGAAAAUUUUGGUGUCAUAAUUUGGAAAAAACGGGUUUCUGUUUUUUGAGAAUGGCGGUGGCAGCCUUUAUCAAAUCUUCACUCUGCAACAACGAUUGGUU